AUGGCGGCUCGGUGCGUGCGGCUGGCGCGGCGCAGCCUCCCGGCUUUCGCGUUGUCUCUCAGGUCUUCUCCUCGGCUGCUGUGCACAGCUGCAAAGCAGAAAAACAAUGGCCAGAACCUGGAAGAGGACGCGGGUCAGAACGAACAGAAGACAGAUCUUCCCUCCACGGAGAAGACGCUCAUAGAAGAGAAGGUCAAGCUGGAAGAGCAGCUGAAGGAGACCAUGGAAAAAUAUAAGCGAGCUCUAGCAGAUACUGAGAACUUGCGGCAGAGGAGCCAAAAAUUGGUGGAGGAGGCAAAACUAUAUGGCAUCCAGGGCUUCUGCAAGGACUUGCUGGAGGUGGCGGACAUCUUGGAGAAGGCCACACAGUGCGUCCCGAAGGAGGAGAUUCGAGACGACAACCCCCACCUGAAGAACCUCUACGAGGGGCUCGUGAUGACUGAAGUCCAGAUCCAGAAGGUGUUCACCAAGCACGGCCUUCUCCGGCUGAACCCCCUGGGCGCCAGGUUCGACCCGUACGAGCACGAGGCGCUGUUCCACACGCCGGUCGAGGGGAAGGAGCCGGGCACGGUGGCGCUGGUUAACAAAGUGGGCUACAAGCUGCACGGGCGCACCCUGAGACCCGCCCUGGUGGGGGUGGUGAAGGAGGCCUAG